AUGACUACUGUUGGAGGGGAUUACAGAGUGCUGCUGAAGUUAUUAAAAAACGAUGACCCUAUAUUUUUCUUCGGAAACGAUGACCCUAUAUUUUUCUUCAGAAACGAUGACCCUAUAUUUUUCUUCGGAAACGAUGACCCUAUAUUUUUCUUCGGAAACGAUGACCCUAUAUUUUUCUUCGGAAACGAUGACCCUAUAUUUUUCUUCAGAAACGAUGACCCUAUAUUUUUCUUCAGAAACGAUGACCCUAUAUUUUUCUUCGGAAACGAUGACCCUAUAUUUUUCUUCGGAAACGAUGACCCUAUAUUUUUCUUCAGAAACGAUGACCCUAUAUUUUUCUUCAGAAACGAUGACCCUGUAUUUUUCUUCAGAAACGAUGACCCUAUAUUUUUCUUCGGAAACGAUGACCCUAUAUUUUUCUUCAGAAACGAUGACCCUAUAUUUUUCUUCAGAAACGAUGACCCUAUAUUUUUCUUUGGAAACGAUGACCCUAUAUUUUUCUUCAGAAACGAUGACCCUAUAUUUUUCUUCGGAAACGAUGACCCUAUAUUUUUCUUCGGAAACGAUGACCCUAUAUUUUUCUUCAGAAACGAUGACCCUGUAUUUUUCUUCAGAAACGAUGACCCUGUAUUUUUCUUCAGAAACGAUGACCCUGUAUUUUUCUUCGGAAACGAUGACCCUAUAUUUUUCUUCAGAAACGAUGACCCUAUAUUUUUCUUCAGAAACGAUGACCCUAUAUUUUUCUUCGGAAACGAUGACCCUAUAUUUUUCUUCGGAAGCGAUGACCCUAUAUUUUUCUUCAGAAACGAUGACCCUAUAUUUUUCUUCGGAAACAAUGACCCUAUAUUUUUCUUCAGAAACGAUGACCCUAUAUUUUUCUUCGGAAAUGAGGAGCCUAUAUUUUUCUUCAGAAACGAGGAGCCUAUAUUUUUCUUCAGAAACGAUGACCCUAUAUUUUUCUUCGGAAAUGAGGAGCCUAUAUUUUUCUUCAGAAAUGAGGAGCCUAUAUUUUUAUUUAGAAAUGAGGAGCCUAUAUUUUUCUUUGGAAAUGAGGAGCCUAUAUUUUUCUUUAGAAAUGAGGAGCCUAUAUUUUUCUUCGGAAAUUAG